UGCGGAGCGGGAAGAGGAAGAAGCAGAAAGAGAAGAAGAGACUGAGCAGCAGGAUUUUCGUCUUCGCGUCAGACAGUAGAGAUGAAUGUGUGCGUGCUGGUCCCGGGUCUGGUCCUGGGUCUGUCCCUGGUUCUGACCGUCUGUGUGGCCCGGUCUCCGUACCAGGCGGUCCUGCAGCACAGCCGGAUCAGAGGCCGGCAGCAGGGACCCAACGUUUGUGCCAUGCAGCAGAUUAAAGGCACGGAUAAGAAAUACUUCACCAACUGUAAACAGUGGUACCAUCGCAAGAUCUGCGGCAAACCCACGGUGAUCACCUACGAGUGCUGUCCUGGAUAUGAGAGGAUUCCUGGAGAGAAGGGCUGUCCUGCUGCACUGCCUCUGGUGAACAUCUACAACACUCUGGGUGUAGUCGGAGCCUCCACCACUCAGAUGUACUCUGACCGAGCCAAACUGAGGGAGGAGAUUGAAGGUCCAGGAAGCUUCACCUUCUUUGCCCCGAGCAACGAGGCCUGGGCCGCCCUGCCCACCGAGAUCCUGGACGCUCUCGUGAGCAACGUGAACAUCGAGCUGCUGAACGCUCUUCAUUACCACAUGGUGAACCGCAGACUGACUUCCGAGGAGCUGAGACACGGGUCCUCCUUCGCUUCCAUGUACCAGGACUUCCACGUCCACAUCCACCACUAUAGCAACGGGGUUGUGACAGUGAACUGCGCUCGUCUGAUCAAACCUGACCAACAUGCCACCAAUGGCAUUGUGCAUGUGGUUGACCGUGUCAUCACCGCCAUCUCCAAUAAUGUGCAGACGCUCAUCGACAUCGAUGACGACCUGGAGACUCUGCGUACGGCCAUUGCUGCUGCAGGUCUGACUGCCAUGUUGGAGAACGAGGGUCAAUACACCGUCUUCGCUCCCACCAAUGAGGCAUUUGAGAAGAUUCCGCAGGAGACCCUGAACAGGAUACUGGGAGACCCUGUGGCUCUGAGAGACUUGCUGAACUACCACAUCUUGAAGCAGAUGCAAUGCGCGGAAUCGAUCGUGUCAGGAACUCCGAUGGAGACUCUGCAGGGCACUGUGCUGGAAGUCGGCUGUGACGGAGACCAGAUGACUCUGAAUGGGAAGGCCAUCAUCACCAAGAAAGAUCAGCUGGGCACCAACGGAGUCAUCCACUACAUCAAUGAGCUGCUAAUCCCUGACUCAGCCAAAACUCUCCUGGAGCUUGCUGAAGGUUCAUCUGUUUCUACGGCAACCAAACUGUUUGAUGAAGCCGGUCUGAGACCCCACCUGACGGGGUCAGAGGCUCUGACCAUGCUGGCUCCGCUGAACGAUGCCUUCAAAGGAAGUGUGACGAUGACUCCUGACAUGAGGAAGCUGAUGACCAACCACAUCCUGAAAGAGCAGCUGUCCUCUAAGUCUCUGUACCACGGUCAGGAGCUGGAGACUCUGGGAGGACUCAGACUCAGAGUCUUCGUCUACAGAAACAACCUGUGCAUUGAGAAUGCCUGCAUCGCUGCUCAUGAUAAGACCGGACGUUACGCCUCCAUGUUCACUGUGGACAAAGUCCUCACUCCUCCUAUGGGAACCAUCAUGGAUGUCCUGAAGGCAGACGACCGCUUCAGUCUCCUGGUCGGUGCCAUCCAGACUGCAGGUAUGACGGAGCUGUUGAACCAGCAGGGGGCGCUCACCUUCUUCGCCCCCACCAAUGAUGCCUUCAACACCCUGCCACAGGCUGAGCUCAACAGGCUGAUGCGUAACCCUCAGGAGCUGUCAGCUGUGCUCAGGUAUCACCUGGGAGAAGGCAUGUUAGUGAGCGGGGGAGUCGGAUCUCAUACCAGAGUCAAACCUCUGCAUGGAGAGAAGCUGGAGCUGGGCGUGAGGAACUACACCGUGUACAUCAACAAGGUCCCGGUGGCUGACGCAGACCUGAUGGCGACUAACGGAGUCGUCCAUGGCGUCAACAGCAUCAUCAAACCUCUGCCUCCAAAGGGGGACAGAGAACAGGCUGAUGGACCUGCAGCUCCUCUCAGAUCAGCGGCCUCCAAGGUCGACUCCAAGAGCUUCAGGAACGACGAUCUCUUCCAAAAGGUCAUCCGGAGCCGCUCCAGCAGGACAAUGAGCCACGGUCAGUAAAAGCACCGAGGAAGAAACGUACCACAACAUCUGAGAAACCAAAGAAGAGGAAAAACUGAACAGGUUCUUGCCCCAAAGGGUCAAAGGUCACAAAUCUUAAAGGAAAAGUUCCCUGAGAUCCUCCGGCACUUGCUGGUCCUCUGAGAGCAUGAGGCGUUCACAACCAUGUUCAAUAAUCUGUGGAAAAGAAAUAAAACAAACCAAGUCUCCAGUUUCAGUUUGUUGGACAGAAUUAUGGGAAAUGUAGGAAACAGCAGUAAAAUCAGAGAUAGAGGAUCAGACGGUGAGAGAGGGUUUGAGGGUUUUUCUUCUUCUUCAGUUUAUCAACAGAAAAGGUUUUUUUAUUAACUUUUUUUAUUUUUUAUCAAACCCAGUG